AUGACAAUGAGUUUCACUUCUUUGGCUUUGCCUCCGCUUUCUUUCCUUUCUCGUCUCAUCGUCCUCACCGUGGCUGUGCUCUUGCCUGAGCAAGGGCUCCUCCAAUUCGAAUACUACAACUGCUACUAUGAAAGAGGAAACUACACAAGUGCAAGUGCCUACCACACCAACCUCGAUGCCCUUCUUCGCAAUUUCGCUUCCUCCACCAAAAUUGACUAUGGCUUCUACUCUUCCUCGCAAGGCCAAACCCCUGACAGAGUCUACGCACUCGGACUGUGCAGAGGAGAUGUGGAGCCGAGUCCUUGUCGGAGAUGUCUCAGAAAUGCCACAAUCCUUCUCCCAACGAAAUGUCCAAAUCAGAAGCAGGCAUUUGGAAACAAUAACGGAUGCAUGCUAUUUGCUGACGGAGGUUCUUCCAAAGUGUAUGUUGAAGACGUGAACUACUUCAAUGAAACGAUGAAUUGUCUGUUGCAAAAUCGAACAAGAAAAGGUGACUCUCAUCGGAAGUUCGCAGCAUCAAUUGCACAAGGCUUGUAUCGAACCCCUAUAUAUGGCCUUGUUCAGUGCACGCCUGAUUUGUCCGAAUAUGAGCAGUUCCUCUUCUAUGAUCAAGCAGUUGCCAAUUCACUGCAGCUACAGCCAUCUCCAUCUCCAUCUGCACCAGGACAAAGACGAGGUAGUCGAUCACAAACUAUCGUCAUGAUUAUUGUUCCCAUUAUUGGUUUAGUGACACUUUUUUGCUUACUGGGUUACUACCUGCUCAAGAGAAAGUCAAGGAAAAGCAGUCAAGUAGUUCCUAGAGAAAAUUUUGGGGAAGAAAACUCCAGCUUGACUGCCUUGCAACUUAGCUUGAAUACCAUUGAAGCUGCAACAAAUAACUUGUCUGAACAGAACAGAAUAGGAAAAGGUGGAUUUGGAGAAGUUUACAAGGUUUAA